UAAUUAUGGUCAACAAAACUCGCUCUAUCAAAUUUUAAAAAAAAAACCCAAAUCCCUCCGUAUUCAAAACCCUAAUUUUCUCACCAGCGAUCUUGAAUGGCGACAAUCAAUCUAAGAAAGGGAAACACGAGGCUUCCACCGGAAGUAAACCGAGUCCUGUACGUACGCAACUUGCCAUUCAACAUCACAUCGGAAGAGAUGUACGAUAUCUUCGGAAAAUACGGUGCAAUUCGCCAGAUACGUAUCGGAACCAACAAGGACACACGAGGUACCGCUUUUGUGGUCUACGAAGACAUAUACGAUGCGAAAACAGCAGUGGAUCAUCUUUCAGGUUUCAACGUUGCGAAUAGGUAUUUGAUUGUGUUGUAUUAUCAGCAUGCGAAGAUGAGUAAGAAGUUUGAUCAGAAGAAGAAAGAGGAAGAGCUUACUAAGCUUCAGGAGAAGUACGGGGUUACUGCUAAAGAUCUCAAGUGAGUUUGUAUGUUAUUAUUGUUUCAUCGGUUUUUAGGGCUUUUAAUUGUAAUUCUAGCUGUAAACUUGCGAAUCGAUGAAUUUUAAUACUAUAAUCUUUUUUUUCUGAGUUUAAAGCAGUGCAAUUUGAGCA